CCAGUACAUGUUUGUUGGUGCACUCAUCACACUGAUUUUUCAUUUUGUUUAUAGUGUUAUGGCUUCAUAGGCAGUGCUUUUGCUCAUAAAUGUUUGUGGAAUCUUUGAGCUAAAGAAUACACGCAUUUAUACUCUGACACUGACUGACUAUUCAGUAUUAAUAAAAUGCUCAGAUGUUUUUGCUUGCCUGUAGACUUUAAAAUUGAAAGUACACUCUGUCCCACCAUUUAUUGCUUUUCUCUUUCAGAUUUUGUCAUGGUCUCCUGCUUCCCUAAUGCAAUUAUUGCAAGUGUGCCCGAGUGUCCGUAUGGUUGGGAAAUCACCCAGCUAUCCCUUGGUGGAGUUUGCUACAGUGGAUCCAACAGUAUGGGCUUUUAUCGAUUUGCGAUUCCAGACUUGACACCCAAAAACAACUCCUACUGCAGCACUCAUUCGGAGUUUCUUGGGGGUAAGGAUCCUAAGUAUGUUUUCUAUAACUCAAUAGUUUCCAAUGAUACUUUGCUAACAAUACGGAACCAGCCUGUGAACUAUUCUUUUAGCUGCAUUUACAAAGCAUCUUAUCUUGUAAGCAACGCAGUCUUCAGCCAAAGAGUGGCAACAAUCUACGUCAACAACGGAAGCGUAGGUUCUUUCAGAUCUCAGUUGUCGAUGAAUGUUUUUACUAAUUCCAAGUUUCUAUAUGCCAAGGAUUCACCGUAUACAAUUGAUAUAUCAGAAAUUGGUUCAGAGGUGUUCAUUGGGAUUGAGGCCAAGGGAUUAAGCAGCAGAUUUAAAGUUGUCAUUAAAAAUUGCUGGGGAACUCCUUCUCCACAACCUGCAGACAAAAAACGGUGGAGCCUUAUCAUUAACAGUUGCUCUGCAGAUAACACUGUGACCAUCUUUGAAAAUGGAAAAGACAGCAGAUCCAUGUUCAAAUUUAAUUCAUUUCGAUUUCAACUGCUGGAGAAGGUUUCGACUGUGUGGCUACACUGUGAUGUUGAAAUAUGCGACAGUGAGAAGAUGUCUUGUCUGCCAGCUCAACCCUGCACUUUAAGGAGUCAGCAGUCUGAGCCUAUUGGAGGGAUACUGACUGCAGAGUUCCAGCUGCAAGGUAAGCAGGCUAAAUCCUGA